CCUCGUGGCUCGCGUUGGUCGUUUGUUUCCACUCUGGCUACUAGUGCUACUGCCUCGCUCCAGUCCCCACUCCAACUUCCAUCUCUAUCGACUAUCAGCAACGAUUCGCGUGAUAAUGCGAUCUGCGCGCAACUCCGGCGGCUAGACACCUCAAGAUUCCAGAGCACGGGGUGGAGGAGGCGCCGAUCUGUGGCGGCGCAGCGCGCGAGCUUGAGGAGCCGUUGGUGUCUCUCCACAGGGCGAAUAACCCUGUAAGAAUGGCUGAUAUCCAGUUAGGAUGCCACACGGUAAGGUCCCAUGGCGCCAAAGUGGCAAGACUCCAUAUGUACGACUGGAUAAUACUAUUCUUCCUUGCUGUUGUUGAUGGACUGUUAAACAUAAUUGAGCCUUUUCACCGCUUUGUUGGACGUGACAUGAUGACUGACUUGAGUUAUCCCUUGAAGGGCAACACAAUUCCAUUUUGGGCUGUUCCACUGUUUGCAGUUGUGCUGCCCUGGAUCAUCUUUGUUGGAAUUUACUUCAAAAAGAAAAAUGUUUAUGAUUUACACCAUGGCAUACUUGGUAUUCUAUAUUCGGUUCUUAUAACUGCUGUGAUUACUGAUGCAAUUAAAGAUGCUGUUGGUCGCCCUCGUCCAGAUUUCUUUUGGCGUUGUUUCCCUGAUGGAAAACCUAAUUAUGAUAAAUUCACCUCCAAUGUUAUAUGCCAUGGAGAAAAAAGUGUCAUCAAAGAAGGCCACAAGAGCUUCCCAAGCGGGCAUUCGUCAGGUUCUUUUGCUGGUCUAGGUUUUCUGGCAUGGUACUUAGCCGGGAAACUUGCAGCUUUUGAUCGAAAAGGUCAUAUUGCAAAACUAUGCUUAGUGUUUCUUCCUCUACUUGUUGCAUCACUUGUGGCAGUAUCUCGAGUUGAUGAUUACUGGCAUCAUUGGCAAGAUGUAUUUGCUGGCGGCAUCAUAGGUCUUACAGUUGCUUCAUUUUGUUACCUGCAGUUUUUCCCAUAUCCUUUUGAUGCUGAUGCUAUAUGGCCUCAUGCAUAUUUCCAACAGCUUGCUGAGACCCAGAGCAACGGUAUUGCAAACUCAUAUGACAUGCGGCCAACAGGGGUUGAACCUGUUGAUGAGGGCCAUGGCGCCAUUGCCCUGAGAAACACCAGCCCUAUGUUGGAUGCGAUGGAGUCUGGCAGGAGAUUAUGAAAUAUGUGAUGAUGAGAAUCAUGAAGUUGCCAAAUCUUUCUGUAUUUGAAUUCUGGUAAAUCAGAAAGUAGAAUUGUGUCUAGGAUCUUUAUGAUUGUCGUCAUAUAUGCUUUCUUGUAAAUGGGCAGCUAGUAUCUUCAUCCUGACGCAACUCACUUGCCGUUGUGGUUGCUGUAAAUUACAUUUCGCAGCUUGUUCUUCAGGGUUCUCUGAAAUUUUCACGAGUGUGUGAAUAGACUUGUUUGCAGACUAGUGCUGUAAGUACCAAUUCGUGCUAAAAAUCUGGACCGGUUGUGUUGGAAAUUUAAUAUUAAGACUAGCAUGACUGCAUAA